UGGUUUCCCCUGAAGCUAUGUUAUUUUGGCCAAUAGGUUGAAUCUUAAGACGUUUGUUAUUGAAUAACUCAAAUGUCAAUAGUCUGAACUAUGACUGCUUAGCGGAGAAUUGAAAAAAGCCUGCUGCAGGUGUUGACAUCGCCAGCAGUGAAGUCGCAGUGGCAAAGACAUGGAGAGGCAGGUUCAAGCAAUUUCCCAACAUGUUGAUGAGAGUCACAAACAAGCUAGUGCUGAACUGGAGGAGGCAUGGCUGUUCAUCACUGAAGCACUACAGGAGAGAGCAAUUUCCCAGCAUGUUGAUGCGAGUCACAGACAAGCUUGUUCUGACCUUGAGAAGGCCAGAAAGUUCAUCACUGAAGCACUACAGAAUGAAGUCCAGAGGAACUUGGCUAUGUGCGUGUUAAUCCAGCGUCUGGAAGAGAGUGCCUCUGAAGGUACGAAGAUCCUAUCAGAGCAGGUGGAGUCAAACCGACAGCUGACGCUCCAGGUCCAUCAACUCCAGAAAAACCUGGAGGAUAAAAAACACUCACUAGCACAAGCCAACAAGACUGUUGCUGCCCUGAAGACUGAACUGAGGAAGCUGCAACAGCAGCUGCAGAGCCACGAGAGUAGUCACGGGGCAAUUCAGGAAGUGACUGAGUGGCUGCAGGAUGAGACCAAUCCCAAUGUUGUGAGAGCAGAGGAUGAUCUUUUGCUGAGGGGCAUUAAGGUUCAAGAAGGAGAUGAUGAUAAUGAUGAUGAUGAUGAUGGACCUACUAUGUAUGGAAGUGACCCUGGAGCUGUGCCCCCCACAGAACAGUCCAUCUCCACGGCAUCAGACAUCAAGUCUGAACUCCUGCAGGAACAAGAUGGAGAAUAUGAAGUGACCCCAGUCCUAAGGUCUGGGAUGAUCAAUUCUCCCCCUGAUCUGGUAUGUCUGGACCAGCUGAAGUCCACAGCAUCAGGUCUGCAAGGAACAGAGGAAGGAGGAACCGAGAGCCAAGAUACAGAAACACCCAAACAGAGUGAAGGAUCACCGCUGCCAUCAUCAUCUGCAAACCAGCUUACUGACACUGGAGAGACCAGCAGCAGCAGCAGCCACCAACACCGCUGCCAGGUGUGUCUGAAGACCUUCUCGCUGGCGGCAGACCUCAUACUGCACCUGCGCUUUCACACUGGAGACACGAGGCCCAGCAACCAGUGUGAACUGUGUGGCAAGUUUUUCGCAGACGCGGGAGUCGUCAAAAAACACCAGCGCAUGCACACCGGAGAGAAGCCCUACCAGUGUAGAGAGUGUGGGAAGCGCUUUGCAUGGGGCGAGAACCUCAGGUCUCACAUGCACAUUCACACCGGGGUGAGGCCCCACGCGUGCCCAGAGUGUGGCAAGAGUUUCUCGCAGCCCUGUCAGCUGAGGGAACACCAGCGCGUUCACACCGGAGAGAAACCGUUUCGAUGCGCAGUUUGCGGGAAGGGUUUUUCACAGUCCCAAAAUCUCCGAACGCACCAACGCGUUCACACGAAAGAUAAGCCCUACAUAUGUGGACAGUGUGGAAAGAGUUUCUCGACUGCAGGAAAUCUCCGGACGCACCAACGCAUUCAUGCAAGAGACGAGCCCUAGCAUUAUGGGGACAGUGUGGGGGAAAUUUAUGUAUUCUGCAGGUGGUCACGUAUGUUAAUUUCUACUCAAUUUAAAAAAUCACAUGGAUUUCCUCAUUUCAAAGAAAAAGGGCAUGUGCAGAAAUAUUGGUACCCCUCCUUAAUAUUUAGUUUCACACUCUUGGACAGCAAUGACCGCCUCCAAGCGUUUUUGUAUUCACCAACAAUCUUGCACUUCUCUGAUGAGAUUUUCGUCCACUCUUCCUCUGCAAUAUGUUCAUCUUCAACAGGUACAGGACUCUUGAUCUUAAUGACAGAUAUCACAUUCCCCGCAAGAUUUUCAACAGGAUUUACAUCCAGAAUCAUUGUUUGCCAUUUUAGAAGGGUUUUUUUUUUUUUCAUUUUACAACCAUUCCACUGUGCUUUUGGAUGUGUACUUUGGGGUUUUGUCCUGCUGAAGUGCACAUGAUCUUUCACCUCAAACCAAGCGUUCUUGCACAGGGUUAAACAUUUUCCUUUAAGAUGUCGUCAUGUUACCUGUGAUACAGUAAAGGCCUCCAAUACCA